CGUGAUUUUCGCCUUGAACGCGCGUCGAGUUAUACACGCAAUCCUCUUCCGAUACCACCAUGUUUUUAACGCGUUCAGAGUACGAUCGUGGUGUGAACACAUUCUCGCCAGAAGGACGGCUAUUCCAAGUCGAAUAUGCCAUCGAAGCAAUCAAACUCGGUUCGACUACGCUGGGAAUUCGAACAGACCAAGGAGUAGUUCUGGCCGUCGAAAAGCGCGUUCAAUCACCUCUCAUAGAAUCCAGCUCCAUUGAGAAGAUAAUGGAAAUUGACCGUCAUUUGGGCUGUGCCAUGUCAGGUCUUACCGCCGAUGCAAGAACGAUGAUUGACCAUGCUCGAGUAACAGCCCAGAACCAUUCAUUCACAUAUGACGAGAAGAUUAAGGUGGAAAGUGUCACCCAGGCGGUUUGCGAUUUGGCUCUGCGGUUUGGCGAGAGUGUGCAUGAUGAGGAUGCGAUGAUGAGUAGACCGUUUGGGGUGGCGCUUUUGAUUGCGGGGAUUGACGAGGUUGGACCUCAGCUGUAUCAUACUGAUCCAUCCGGAACAUUUGUGAGAUAUCAGGCGAAGGCAAUUGGCUCGGGCUCAGAGGCUGCACAAGCAGAGCUACAAGAGAAGUGGUAUUCGCAAAUGACAUUACAAGAGGCAAAUAUAUUAGCAAUGCGUGUCCUGAAGCAGGUCAUGGAAGAAAAGUUAGAUCAACAUAAUGUGCAAUUAGCACAAGUUACCCCUCAGAAAGGAUUCGAGAUAUUGGACGAAACGAGCCUAAAAGCAGUUAUCGACCAGAUGUAGAUCAGCUCCUUCACGACUCGUAAUAAUAUUGCUAUCUUUCAGAAUGACGUUCUCUGUACGAAUUUUGGAGGGGUUCCAACGAUCUGUGUGCUGCUACUGCUCAGUGUCCUGGUCAACAUCACAAUCUCCUGCUG